UCUCUAUCUACCUCACUCCUAAAUUCUCUCUCUCUCUCAUGGCUGCGGGGACAGCGGUUCGGUCAAUCGCUCAGCUAACGGCUCCAGACUCUUCCAAGGGCCGUUUCUCUAUAGCACCAAUCCGGAAAUGCCGAUCGGUUUCCUUUAAAUUCCGAUUCCGUUGCCUGUCGAUGAAUGGGUGUGGAGGAGACCCGGAAAGUGCGGUCGGGGUGUGCGAGACACGGACUCUUCCUGCGGUCUAUACUCCCGAAAUGGCUUUGAAUCAGCUGACUUCGGCGGUUUUGGCUUUGAAAUCCAAACCCCCGUGCUUUAGUUCCGGAAUUAUUCGGCUCGAGGUUCCAAUCUUAGAGCAAAUAGAAGCAAUGAAGUGGCUACAGGCCCAGAGCCAACUUCCCCGUUGCUUCUUCUCCGGCAGAAGAAGUCAGAGCAACAUCACUUCUCAUCUCUUAUCUAAUGAUGAUGACCGUGUAGAUGAAGGCAGAGUCAAUGGCUACAAACCAUUUCAAACCACAACAACAAUGGUUCCAAAGUUGCUCAGCGUCGCUGGCAUCGGCUCAGCCGUUUUCUUUCACUGCUCCCAACCUUUCACAUUCAACGAUUGGAGAUGUAUAAGGAGGUUCCUCUCUAAGGAUUGCCCUUUAAUUCGUGCAUAUGGGACCAUACGCUUUGAUGCAAGAACAGACAUUGCUUCUGAAUGGGAAGGUUUUGGUUCAUUUUAUUUUAACAUUCCUCAGGUUGAGUUAGAUGAGUUUGAAGGAAGUUCUAUGCUUGUAAUAACUAUUGCAUGGGAUGACACCCUUCUAUGGUCAUGGGGAAAAGCAGUCGAUGUGCUUCAAACCACAUUGCGUCAGAUCUCCAUUUCCAUGGAGUCGAAGAAGGAAGUCCCUAGACCAGUUAUUAUUAGUAAGAAUCAUAUCCCAAACAAGGCAUCUUGGGAUGUUGCUGUUAAGAAAGCAUUACAAAUGAUAGAUGGAAGAAGUUCGGAUCUAACUAAGGUUGUGCUUGCACGGAGUACUCGAGUUGCUACUAACACUGACAUAGACCCUCUAGCAUUGUUAUCUUCUUUAAAGGUUGAAGGCCAAAAUUCUUUUCAGUUCUGUAUUCAGCCACCUAAUGCACCUGCUUUUAUUGGGAAUACUCCAGAGCAACUAUUUCAUCGAAAACAUCUUAACGUUUCAAGCGAGGCUUUAGCUGGAACCCGUGCUAGGAGUGGAUCUAAGGAUCUUGAUCUUCAAAUAGAACGUGAUUUGCUUAGCAGUCCUAAAGAUCAUCUUGAGUUUAUCAUAGUAAGAGAGAGCAUUAAGAGCAAGCUUGAGACUCUAUGCAAUCAGGUAGUGAUAAAGCCAAAGAAAGGAAUUCGAAAACUUCCAAGAGUACAACAUCUCUAUGCCCAAUUAUCAGGGAGAGUGAGAAGUGAAGGUGAUGAGUUUGACAUCCUCUCAUCUAUUCACCCAACUCCAGCAGUUUGUGGAUUUCCUACAGAAGACGCACGCCAAUUUAUUGCAGAAACUGAAAUGUUCGAUAGGGGAAUGUAUGCUGGGCCUGUUGGUUGGUUUGGAGGAAGGGAGAGUGAGUUUGCUGUUGGGAUUAGAUCAGCAUUGGUGGAAAAGGGCCUUGGCAUGGCAAUUUUUGCAGGGGUAGGGAUAGUGAAAGGAACUAAUCCAUGCUCAGAGUGGGAGGAAUUGGAUCUGAAGGCAUCUCAGUUUACCAAGUUGAUUGAAAUGGGUGGAGAGCAGUUUACAAAGCCGAUAGGUGAUGAGAAGCCUCACUCAUCCCAUCAAGAAGCAGAUAGCAUUGGGUCUAUCAACUGAGAUGGGUGGAGGAAAGCUGAAAUAAACAACUGAAUGUUGGAAUAGUCUCAUUUGCCUUUGGGGAAAUAUGGAUUUCUUAUUAAAUAAGCUAUAGGUUUUCUAUAGUUGUUUUGGGUUGGUUCUUGCAUUGUUCAGGUGAGUUGUCAUUAGCUUGCUCUCUUUCUUGUGUGGUUACAUACUCAACUCAUUUGCCUUUGGGGCAAUAUGGAUUACUUUUUAAAUAAGCUAUUGGUUUUUUA